CGCGCGCUUUCUCCACGACCACGCAAGACCACCAGAAGACCAACACUGCCUCCUCCACAAGCCAUGAGAGGGGCGACGACCACGGCUGUGGUGAUGCUGCUGGUGAUGCUGCUGGUGGUUGUUUCCAUCGUGGCAGCCACGCCUGCAAGCAUUUCUAGCAUCUCAGCCGCAACUCGCACUGAACCACCCACGCAAGAAGGACAAGACAACCAGUUGUGCUUGGAGGUACACGGGACACUGGACAGCAUGGUGCGCAUCCUGAAGGCGUACAGCGUGCCAUUCUUCUCUGGACACAGUGAUCGCAGUGGCAGCAACAAUGACGCAACAACUGCAAAUGCAACCAAGGAAGACACGCCACUCACGCCACUCAGUGUUGACCUAUCCCCGAUUCACCGCAUGAUGGCUGCACUUGGGUGCGACGAUCGCAAUGAGGACAGCAGCAAAGACGAACAACUUCAAGAAGAGCACGGGACACCAUCCGCUCCACUGUUCACAACUUCCACUCCGCACGAUUUGUAUUGUAGUGCUGUCUCACUACACCGACAGCUACAGUGGCAGCACAGGCGAGUGCGAAGGAAUGACAAUGGUAUUGGGCAAUGCACGCUGGCAGGCGUGAUUGAUGGAUCAUGCUUUGGUGCAGACAACAAAAGAAGGCUCACCAUCACUGUUUUUGAGGACGACCAUGUGGAUGACAGCACCAGUGCAAGAAACCUCAGAAUCAUUUCUCGCGACGUGCGUCAGCUGACAGUGACCGGACACGUUCAAGAAGCGACGCUGAAAUGGAUUAUCAACAAUGGAAGAUGGGUUGCGUGCACUCACGUCAUAGUUGAAGGCGUCCAGUUUCCAACAUUCCAGUUAAGCAUGCUCGACGAGCUCAGACUAGGUCUCAACACGAUCAUCAUCCGCAACAGCGAGGUGCUGCGUGAAGUGAACGCAAGCGGCUUUGAGAACGCGCAAAGAAUCACGGCAUUCCACGUCACCAAUUCGUCUUUGAGCGCUGUGCCAGAUGUUUCAUCUAUGAAGGCGCUGGAGACUCUCAACGUGAUCCAAAACCGUGUUCGCCAGGUGCGCAAGGGCGUUUUCAUGGGGCUGACGGCACUUCAGCGGCUGUUUCUCCACAACAACGCCAUCUCUCACAUGGAGCCGGGGGCAUUUGAUGACCUGACUGCUCUGGACAAGCUGAUCCUUGCUUUUAACGACAUCAGCAUCAUCCCUUCCGGCUUGUUUCAUCAACUCGCAAGUCUCACAUUGUUGCAGCUGCAAGUAAAUCCAAUCACGAAGCUUGACGCCGACGCAUUCACUGGGCUAACCAUGCUGGAUCGCCUUGCGCUGGAGAACGCCCUCCUCACAAGCUUGCCGCCGACACUAUUCCGAAGCACAACCCGUCUCACCGCGCUUGGACUGGCCCACAACCGCCUCACGUCUCUGCCCGAGACCAUCUUUUCUGGUCUGUCGUCGUUGGAUCUCCUGCAACUCUUCACCAACCGAAUCACGUCCUUGCCAGGGGCCGUGUUCAACGACUUAGCAGCAUUGACAGAAUUGUACAUUCGGGACAACGCCUUGACGGCAUUGCCCGACAAUCUCCUUGCGUUCAACACGCGACUCAUCAAGUUCUAUUGCAACAACAAUGUCCUCACGACCGUCCCAACAAGCCUCCUCGCGAACAACCACGAGCUGAAAGAAGUGUCCUUCGCCAACAACGCUCUUCGAUCAAUCAACAGUGUCCUGACAAUGGCAUCCUCGUCGUCUCUGCAACUCCUUGACCUCAGCAACAAUCCGAUCCAGGAGCUGCCCAACGCCACUCUCACCCCUGCACUUGAAACCCUCCGUCUGCAGAACCACGAGAUCAGACGCAUGGAUCUCACUCUACUACUGCAGACACACAACCUCAGUGUUCUCGAGCUUGGGGCAGCGGCGCAAGUGCAGUCUGUGGCAGUGUCGAGCAACAUCAACAGUACCAGCAUUGCGCCAUUGACGACACUUCGCCUUGAAAAUGUGGAUAUCGGCGCAGUGAUUCACUCCCUCGAGCGGCUUCCAAACCUGAACCUCGAUACGCUGCACAUUGGCUGGCCAGGUGCCAGCGAACUGACGCUCGCAAUCACCGAGUUGUGCAGACUGUUCGCAAGCAGCGUGCGAGAGCUUCGCAUCGCCAACGCAGAAUACCAAGUCAUCCACCUAUGCCCCAACAAGACGUUCGAAACGGUUCUCCUCAACGACAACAGGCAUCUUCGGUCUGUCAUCGUCGAAUCCCCUUUGCAGGAGCUGAAUGUGUCGGGUUGCACCCAGCUCACCUCCAUUGACGCGCCUCCAAUUGAAAUUCUCGACAUCAGUCACACUCAAGUUCCACCCAAGCAUCCGUUGUGCACGCAGUGGGGACGGCGUUUUCUCUUUGCGCGGAACAUGGGUGGGGUCGCUGGCACACAAGAAGCCACGAUGAUGGUCAAAAACUGUUUGGAGCAAGUGGAUGUGCUGGAUCUUUCAGGAAACGUGUGGCUCAACAGCCCACAAGAGAUCAACCCUGUUGUGGAGAGAACGGUUGUCUUGGCAGAUGAGGAGUUCACUUUUCCCGACUUUGUCACCCUCCCAAACCGGCCUCUUCCGCCGAUUUUUCAACUGACUGGUGCGCCAAUUGUUUGCGUGCUGCAGUUCUCCAGCCAGGACCUCCGCCCCCGCAGCGAUCCAUCCUUGCUGACGACAGAGGUUAUGUUCUCCUUCUCCUGUGACUGCGCACAAGGCCAUGAGAGGAGCGGUGGUGUGUGCCGGGGGGUUUCGCUCGAUGUGACCGUUGUGGCUGCAGGCUCUGUGCUGGGCGGCUUGUUCAUCCUCGUCCCUGUUGUCCUGUGGCUCUACCGCCGCUACUGGCGCUCCCACAAGAGCGCAAGCCUUCAUCAGCAGCUGCUUGUGGAACGGGAUGAGGAAGUAAUGGCGCUGAAGAAAGCAUGGGAGAUUGAGUUCGAUGAGCUGAGGAUGACCAAGCGUGUUGCUGCGGGUGCGUUUGGUACGGUGUACAAGGCAGAAUGGGACACGGUGACGGUGGCAGUGAAAGUGCUGCAGCAAGCGGUCAUGGCAUUUGACGAGAGCACGGUGCUGGAAUUUGAGAAGGAGGUGGAGUUCUUGCAGCGGACAAGGCAUCCGCACGUGGUGCGGUUCUUUGGCGCUGGUACUGGUCCAAACGGCAGCCCGUUCCUGGUGCUGGAGUUUGUGGCGAUGGGAUCACUGAAAGACCUGUUGGGCAAGAACAUGGGGCAGGUGUUGGCGGAGGUGAGAGAAGACAGUGAGGGCGGGAGUGACACGGAUCCGGAGGUGAUGAUAGCUGACGUGGGCGAUGAGCUGACAUUGGUCAACACGCCUGCUAACGGCGGCAAGGCGGCAAGCAGCGAGCUCACGGUUUGGGGCUUGAAGCUGCGGCUGCUCCGCGACGUUGCAAGUGGCAUGGCUUUUAUCCACAGCCUCGACCAGAUGCACCGAGAUCUGAAGAGUGGAAAUGUGCUGGUGUCGGCUCGGUUGCGUGCCAAGAUUACGGACUUCGGAUCCAUUCGCCAGUGCUUCACGCGUGGUGGUGGCAGUAGCAGAACACAAACCGCCCACAAUCGUUUGUCAUCCAGUUAUGACGAUGAUCCGGAGUACAGCCAGCAAGCUGGACUGCAGACGAUGACGAGCAUGACGCUGACGGCUGGUGUGGGCACGCCGCUGUACAUGGCACCCGAGGCACUGACGGGCGACAAAUACAGCUUUGAGGCUGACAUCUUCAGCUUUGGCGUGCUGAUGUGGGAGGUGGCGACGCAGCGUGUGCCUGAUUUGAUUGAGCAGGAAAAGGGGAGCGGGUAUCGGGGACCGAUCCUCGCCACACUCUUCAACCUGAUGGCAGAUGGGAAACGGCUCACGUUUGAAGAUGAUGAACAAGAUGCCAUUCCCGAGUGGUUCCAGUCGCUGACGUACAAGUGCAUGGCGCAGAACGCGCGUGAACGCCCAUCCUUUGGAGAGCUCAAGGAUCACCACCUUGCAUGA